UCCCGUGGUACCAGCCGGGCCCUGGGGACAGGGACUUGCGGGGCUGGGGCCCGCUGCCCCGGCCCGGCGGCUCGCUGCGGUUCGUGUUGGCGGAGCUGGGGCGCGCUCGGGCCCGGCCGGGGCGGCACGCAGGGCGGCUGGAGUGCAGCCGCGGCUUUCCGGCGGCGUGUCCCGGGGGAGGGCGGGGACCCGAGCAAGCCCCGGGCUCACGUCUGCCCCGGGGGACAGCACGGGCGGUUCUGGUCAGCGCCGCCCGUCGCUGCUGCUGUCCCGGGCCUGUCCGUGCGCUUCGGCUGGGGCUGUUCCGCAGUCAGGAGCGCUGCAGAACGAAGGCUUGGUUUAAGUCUGUGAUGCAUAGAGUGUUUUCCCCAUCCACAGGGACUUUUUUCAAUCAUCACUUGUUUCGGGGUUGAGCUCGCCGUUAUUUAAUGUUUAUUCUUUCUGUGCUGUUACAGAAAAAUGGAAAUCGCCACUCCUCCGACAUCCAAGUGCAUCAUGUACUGGAAAAGGAAAGUCAAGUCCGAGUACAUGCGUCUGCGGCAGCUCAAGAGGUUCCAGGCAAACAUGGGAGCAAAGGCUCUGUUUGUGGCCAACUUUGCGAAGGUUCAUGAGAAGACUCAAAUCCUUAAUGAAGACUGGAAGAAGCUUCGAGUGCAGCCCGUGCAGCUGAUGAAGCCAGUCAGUGGGCACCCGUUCCUGAAACAGUGCACUGUUGAGAGCAUUUUCCCAGGAUUUUCAAGCCAGACACUGUACAUGAGGACCCUGAACACAGUGGCACUGGUGCCCAUCAUGUACUCCUGGUCCCCUCUUCAGCAGAAUUUCAUGGUGGAGGAUGAAACAGUCCUGUGCAAUAUCCCCUACAUGGGUGACGAGGUGAAGGAAGAAGAUGAAACUUUCAUUGAAGAGCUUAUUAAUAACUAUGAUGGCAAAGUUCAUGGAGAGGAAGAAAUGAUCUCAGGGUCAGUCCUCAUCAGUGAUGCCGUGUUCCUGGAGCUAGUGAAUGCUCUGAAUCAGUACUCGGACGAGGAGGAGGAAGGACACAAUGAUUCUGAGGUGAAACAGGAGGAUGGGAAAGAGGAGCUGCCAGUGACAAGGAAAAGAAAGCGAAUUGCAGUGGAAGGUAACAAGAAGUGUUCAAAGAAGAGGUUCCCCAAUGACAUGAUAUUCACUGCUAUUUCUUCCAUGUUUCCUGAGUAUGGCUUCCCAGAGGAUAUGAAAGAAAGGUACCGGGAGCUGACAGAGGUGUCAGACCCCAACGUGCUGCCCCCACAGUGCACUCCCAACAUCGACGGGCCGUGCGCCAAGUCGGUGCAGCGGGAGCAGUCCCUGCACUCCUUCCACACCCUCUUCUGCCGCCGCUGCUUCAAGUACGACUGCUUUCUGCAUCCUUUUCAUGCUACUCCUAAUGUGUACAAACGAAAGAAUAGAGAGACCAAGAUUGAGCCAGAUCCUUGCGGCGCAGACUGUUUCCUCUGGCUGGAAGGAGCCAAGGAGUUUGCUGCACUGCACAACCCCCGAUCCAAGUGCUCGGGCCGUCGCCGCCGGCGGCACCACGUGGUGGGUGCAUCCUGCUCCAGCACCCCGGCUGUCACGGAGACCAGGGAGGGCGACAGCGACCGGGACACGGGCAACGAGUGGGCCUCUAGCUCCUCGGAGGCCAACUCCCGCUGCCAAACCCCCACGAAGCAGAAGCUGAGCCCGGCCUCCUCCCAGCUGUUUGCAGUGGAGACGCCACAGGAGCCCGUGGAGUGGACAGGAGCCGAGGAGUCCCUCUUCCGUGUCUUCCAUGGCACCUACUUCAACAACUUCUGCUCAAUUGCCAGGCUGCUGGGGACAAAGACCUGCAAGCAGGUCUUUCAGUUUGCAGUGAAGGAAUCGCUUAUAACAAAACUGCCAACAAAUGAGUUAAUGAAUCCAUCCCAGAAGAAGAAAAGAAAGCACAGGCUGUGGGCUGCACACUGCAGGAAGAUCCAGCUGAAGAAAGAUAAUUCACCAACCCAGGUGUACAACUACCAGCCCUGUGACCACCCCGAGCAUCCCUGUGACAGCUCCUGCCCUUGCAUAAUGACUCAGAAUUUCUGUGAGAAGUUCUGCCAGUGCAACCCUGACUGUCAGAACCGCUUCCCGGGCUGCCGCUGCAAGACCCAGUGCAACACCAAGCAGUGCCCCUGCUACCUGGCUGUGAGGGAGUGUGACCCUGACCUCUGCCUCACCUGUGGUGCUUCAGAGCACUGGGACUGCAAGGUGGUGUCCUGCAAGAACUGCAGCAUCCAGCGAGGCCUCAAAAAGCAUUUGUUGCUGGCCCCAUCAGACGUGGCUGGCUGGGGGACUUUCAUCAAGGAGGCUGUGCAGAAGAACGAGUUCAUCUCCGAGUACUGCGGGGAGCUCAUUUCACAGGAUGAGGCUGACAGGCGAGGAAAGGUCUACGACAAGUACAUGUCCAGCUUCCUCUUCAACCUCAACAAUGAUUUUGUUGUUGACGCUACUCGCAAAGGAAAUAAAAUCCGCUUUGCCAACCACUCAGUGAACCCCAACUGCUAUGCGAAAGUCGUGAUGGUGAACGGUGACCACCGCAUUGGCAUCUUCGCCAAGAGAGCCAUCCAGGCAGGAGAGGAGCUCUUCUUUGACUACAGGUACAGCCAGGCAGAUGCCCUGAAGUAUGUCGGCAUAGAGAGGGAGACGGACAUCAUCUAAGCUCUGGGGUGGUUCUGGCACACCUUGCUGCUGCACCUUGUAAGCAAUGCCAUGUUUGCUUCACGCUGACAUGACUGCUGCUGUUCCUGCUGCUGUGUGUGUCACAAGUGCUACUUUCCAUCCAGACACCAGAGAGACUCGGGGCAGGAGUGUAAGCAGCCCCUGGGCCAUGGCUGUCCCAGGGUGGUUCCCCUCUGCCCCAGCUGGCUGGGAAAUGGGGACUGCCCAGCUGUGGCUGGAGUGGCACCAAGGGAUGCCUGGGGAUGGGAGAGCAGCACUAUGCAACAUGAUACUUUGAGUAGGGGUGCCACUGAGCUGGGUAGAGGAUGAUGUUACAGUCACUGCCUCUUGUGACCCAGGGGAGGCUUCUCAGAAACCUUCCUUGGGCUUUGUGACCCCCUGCCCUGGGAAUAAAGGGGAAAUAUUCUCUGGCAAGGUGAGGUUUAGCCUUGCACUCCAUGCAAAAAAGAAAGAAAAAAGCACUUUAAACUAAUCCUCAGCUGGUGGCUGGGUCCUGUAUUUUGGGGUGGAGGGACUGCAGGCAUCUCAGGUGUCUUGCAUCUGUCAGCUCCUCUGCUGGGAUGUUGCUCCAGGCCUGGGACAGGGCAGGCUGGAUGGGGUCUGGGGUGACCUGAAGGUUGGGGCUGUCCCCUGAGAGCCAUAUACGCCACCAGCCUCCUGCCUGGCCUGGUGCUGGGUGCUGGGCUGUGCUCCCAAUGUCCAGGGCUGGGUUCCCAGGAUGACAUGGGGAGCCUGGCUGAGCCCUGACCUGGCUCCAGGACCCCAGCCUGCUUCCAGCUGUUCAGUCCAGGAACACACAGAGGUGCUGGGUUUGCCUGGGAGCCAAGCCCUCCCUGGCCCAGCCCUCACCAUACUUUCCCAGUCCCCUGCCACGGCAGGCCAGGCUGUCUGUCUGUCCUUCCCGUUGUCCACGAUGGCCCCCUGGAGCAUGGAGGUGUUUAGGUCUGUCUGGAGCAGUGCUUGUAUCCCAGCACCUGCCUGAGCCUUGCUCCCUGCCACCUCCAUCCACCCAGCUCCUGCCAGCCCUGCUCUUGCCUAAGCGUCUUCUGCCACUUCGGCCAUAUCUGCACUAUGCCAGGCUUGUGUCUGUGGUUUGUUGACGGUGAAUAAUGGUAAUAAUAAUGCACUUUAAUUAACAUGGCUUGUAGCCUUUGUCAUAAUAAAGUGGUAGCAAAGA